GGUCCGCUGUCAUUAAAGCUCUCAGGUGCACAUCACGAGCCCAUAAAAAACUAAAACUUUGGAAAUUUGACUAUUUUUGCAUUCGUCAAGUUUGUGACAAUCAGUGACUAAAUAUAGACUGUUUUGUGAUUAAAUCUGUUGGUUUUCUGGCUUUUCACGGUUAGUCGAGAAGUAGAGGCAGUGAUAAAUUGAGAGAGCCUCAUUCAUGGCUGUCAGCACUUUCAACAUGGCACCUUACUUCGCUGGAUAUCCAUUUCAAGGUCAAGGAAGGGUGAAUCAGCUGGGUGGUGUUUUCAUUAAUGGCCGACCUCUCCCCAAUCACGUGCGAUCGGAAAUCGUAAGGUUGGCAUCAGCCGGUGUUCGUCCUUGUAUGAUAUCGAGACAACUCAAGGUCUCUCAUGGCUGUGUCUCCAAAAUUUUGAACAGAUUUCAUGAGACUGGAUCGAUCAGACCGGGUGUCAUUGGGGGUAGUAAACCCCGGGUUGCUACACCGGAAGUCGAGGCGAGAAUCGAGAAGUUGAAGAGGGAAAAUCCGAGUCUCGUUGAUUGGGAGAUACGAACGCAAUUGAUAAAGCAGGAGGGCCUCUGUGACAAAACGACAGUCCCUUCAGCCUCCAGCAUCAACAGACUCCUCAGAGGGCCUGGAAAUCCCUCGAGACCCGGAGAUGAUAUGCGAGCAAAUCACUCCAUCAAUGGAAUUCUUGGUGGAAGUAGCGGAGAUGAUACAGACACGGAAAGCGAACCCGGUUACGUACUCAAACGAAAACAGAGACGAAGUAGAACAACAUUUACUGGUGAACAACUGGAACAGUUGGAGGCUGCUUUCCACAGGACGCAGUAUCCUGAUGUCUAUACGCGAGAGGAACUUGCGCAAAAGACUAAGUUAACGGAGAAUCGAGUGCAAGUGUGGUUCAGUAAUAGACGAGCCCGUCUGCGCAAGCAACUGAACAGCCAACACAAUGCUUUCAAUACAAUGAGCUUGCAGUCAUUUCCGACUCAGCAUUAUCCGACUGCGACUGAAGGUUAUCAGGGAUACGGACAGGCGACGGUAACGGCAACCACCGCGGGAUACACUCAGCAUUAUAAUUAUGGGGAUAACUACUACACUGCACAGCAGCAGUGGCCUCGAGCUACGCCUGAAAACUACGGAUUAUUCAAUAGCGCCCACUACGGAACCACAAACCUCUCCCCCUCGAACUUGAACUUGGCCCUGAGUGGAAGUGUCUCACCGACAAGCUCUACAAACAUGAGUGCCUGUAUGGUCCAGGGAGCAACAGGAAUGGGCCAUCACGUGACACCUCACAGUCCCACCGAGGCGAAAAGUGGCUAUCCAUACCUGGGGGCGCUUGACUCCCAAGUCUGCGGUAGAGUUCAUUGAAUGAUCCCCGAUUCCUCGGUUUUUACCCUCGACGCGUAAUUGAGCUUCAAUAGACGCAGUUAUUUAUCAAUGAGUCAAUUUAUCGUUCAACAUGGGGCGUUAGCCCAUCGACAGUAGAACAGCCGUUGCGUGCCUUUCACUUUUGCAUUUAUUUCACAAUUUCCUGAGAACGAGAGUUACUUUUUUCGUUUUUUCUGAGUAAAUUUUUUUUAGCGACGAAUGUUAUUAGUUUCAGAUAGUUUUUAUACCUCUCAGUUCUUCGUGGCUGGGAGUAGCCAUGCCAGGCGCUUGAUUAGAUGAAGCUAGUUAAUUAAUUGAUAAGAAGGAACUGGUUCGGUGGGUAAUAAUGGGCAGUAAAGAUGAAAAGUGUAUAAUUGUAUUGUGAAGUGGAAAAAAAUUACGGAAAACUGUGUAUAGCCAUUUUGUUUACUGCUUCACUGUAGUUUAUGACAGAUGUUAAUGUAAAUACUUGUAGAAAACGACUGGACGUAUCGAAAUUAUGAAUCAUGUGAUGUAGUAAUUAAUUGGCACACUGCGAUUAAUAAAUUGUAUAUGAUUUUUUUAUUCUAAAAUAAUACUCGUACGGAGAACUUAAGGGUGUGUAUAAAUAGUUUUGUUGAUGGAGAAAUAUACAACAAUAUGAAAAUUAAUAAAUUUCGUGUUUUGCUGUUCAAUA